UUCACUCGUUUUUUGUCUGUGUUCCUCUGCUUUGUUUUGUUUUCAUUCCAUGUGCACCUUAUUUCCUAACACUGCAGCUUCUUCUUCCUUUUCUCUCUCCUUCACAGUUUCCUCAUCUUCCACUAUCAUAUGUUCGCUGCUCCAACCUUUUACAUUCUUCUGCUUUUUCUGAUCGAGCUAUGAUGAAGGACUUGUCUUAAAGAGUGCAGUCUUUUGCUGUUCCUGGAUAAGCAAUGGUUGCGGAAUCAUGGUUUCGCAGCCUGUGGAGGAUUCCUCGGAAGCAUGAUGCUAAUUCUGAGAAGUUGGUAAUUGGAGUAUUAGCAUUUGAAAUAGCAAGCUUGAUGUCCAAGGUGGUUAAUUUAUGGCAAUCAUUGAGUGAUAAACAGAUUGCUAUGUUGAAGGAGGAGAUCACCAAUUCAAUUGGCAUAAGAAAGCUUGUUUCAGAUGAUGAUCUUUUCAUUGAACGCUUGAUCUGUGUAGAGAUACUUGAGAAUAUGGCACAUGUGGCCGAGUCCGUGGCUAGGCUUGGGAAGAAAUGCAGCGAACCGAUUUUGAAAGGUUUCGAGAAUGCCUUUUAUGAGUUUAUCGCUAUGGGUGUUGAUCCAUAUGGGUGGGAAUUUACUGGCAAGAAGAUGGAGAAAAAAAUUAAAAAGAUGGAAAGGUUUAUAUCAACUAAUGCAAGUUUGUAUCAAGAGAUGGAGGUGCUUACUGAUCUUGAGCAAACUUUUACAAGAAUGAAGGCUAAUGUUGAGUCAGAUGUGAUAAAUUUAAUUGAGUAUCAGAAAAAGGUUGCAUGGAAGACACAAGAGGUGAAGCACUUGAAGGAUAUUUCUCUGUGGAACCGGACAUACGAUUACACAGUACUUCUUUUAGCAAGAUCCUUGUUCACAAUAUACAGAAAGAUAAACCAGAUAUUCGGAAUUCAUGAGAUGGUUGAUGUUGGUGGAAUCAACAAUUCAAGUGUCUUAAAUUCAGAUUUCAUUUAUAGAAGUCAAUCGGUUUCUGCGUUAUUGCAAUCUUCAUCCCAACCACCUCAAAAUAAUCUUGCCAGAUUUUCUUCAGGACCCCUUAAUUCUAUUGCUGCUAGUGCUAGAUCAGGUCCAAUUGGUAGAACAAAUAAAACCAGCAUUUCUCAUUCAGGUCCUCUUGGUGACUCAUCCACAAAGUCAGGUCCAAUUUUAGGAAAGCAUACAAAAGUUAAUUAUUUCUCAGGUCCUCUUGAAAGGAAUUUGAAUCAACCAGUCCCAGUUACUGGAACAAAUAGAAAGAGCAAGAUUUGGAAGUUUCAUAAACCCUCGGCCACGGCAGGUGCGAAGGAAACUCACACAAGAACAAAUCGGCUAACUCAAGUAGGACCUUUCAAGGGAUGUAUGGCUUGGGACAGUUCCCCUGUCACUGACUGCCACUCAAGACCAAAUGGUGUUCAUUUUGGAGUUCAGAAUGCAAAAGAAUUUAGUUCAAACCCUCUUGGUCCUGGAAAAGUAAUUCAUCAUACUCAAUCAGUCUUCAAAUCUCUGUGCAAGCUAUUAAACCCUCCACCUGAAACCCUUGGUUCUGCUGCUUUAGCACUGCACUAUGCAAAUGUCAUCAUUGUGAUUGAGAAGCUGGCGGCUUCUCCGCACUUGAUCGGUCUCGAUGCACGAGAAGACUUGUACAACAUGUUACCGAGACGCGUGAGAGCUUCCCUUAAGGACAAGUUAAAGCCAUAUACCAAGACCAUGGCCUCUUCAUCAGGGUAUGACCCGAGUCUAGCAGAAGAAUGGACUCAAGCAAUGUCAAGCAUAUUGGAAUGGCUGGCACCGCUUGCUCAUCACAUGAUAAGAUGGCAAUCUGAGAGGAGUUUCGAGCAGCAGAGCUUCGUUUCCCGGACGAAUGUGCUGCUGGUGCAGACCCUUUACUUUGCAAACCAAGAAAAGACUGAAGAGGUAAUCACCGAGCUUCUUGUGGGUCUGAACUAUGUCUGGAAAUAUGGUAGGGAGCUCAAUGCAAAAGCCCUGGCAGAGUGUGGCAGUUUUAGGGUAGACAAUGAAUAUCCUAAUCUGAAUGGUUAAACAAGUUGUGUUAAGGGCAUGAUCCCUGAGUGUAGUUCCUUGCCAGAAACUAAGAUGAGGAAUUGCAGAAACACCACCAACCACCAGUCUUCUUCAGAUCAUCCAAUGUGAGUGAAAUGGUAGUUAAAGUAUGGGAGAAUGAUCUAUAUGCUCAGUACUGUGAAAAUUUAGUAUCAGAGUGCUUUCUUGGUGAGAAUUUUUUGGAACAUUUGUAGUUAGCUUUCUUUGAUGAGCUCCAAGCUGCUAGAACUUGGAUGGCUGGUCUCAUUUUUUCAAUGUUGGCCUUCUUUCCACUUUUUCUCUUUGAAGAGUUCGUAAAUGAUGUUUAGGGUGUGGAUAUUUAUGAGCAUUAUUAUGUAUUAAAUUGUAUAGCACUAUGGUAUGAUCUUGAAUGGUUAUUUCUCUAUAUCUUCUGGAUUGUCA